CAAACGACUACUUAUCAAUAGCAAACAAGAGAAACCACUAAACACAAAACAUCUCUCUAUAAUGGAAUCCAAAUCCGAAAACGACGUCAUUGCAUCACAACCAUCAGAGUUCGAGAAGAACCAAAAACACUACCAAGAAACCAUCGCCACGCUUCCUCACCAAAACGGCUGGAGACCAAAAGACCCUUUCGUCCAAUACGGUAACCACUGGUGGCUCCAACCUCUCCUCGAAGGCCUCCUCCACGCUCAAACCUUCUUCAAAGCUCGCCCCAACGACUUCUUCGUCUGCAGCUACCCUAAAACCGGCACCACGUGGCUCAAAGCCUUAACGUUCGCGAUCGCAAACCGGUCCAAGUUCGAAGACGACUCCAAAAACCCUCUCCUCAAACGUAACCCUCACGAGUUCGUGCCUUACAUCGAAAUCGACUUCCCGUUUUUCCCGAGCGUGGACGUCCUCAAGAACCAAGACAACACACUCUUCUCCACUCACAUCCCUUACGAACUCUUACCUGAAUCGGUUUUAAACUCCGGUUGUAAAAUGGUUUACAUAUGGAGAGACCCUAAGGACACGUUUGUCUCCAUGUGGACGUUUGCUCACAAGGAGAGGUCACAACAAGGAGAUGUCAUUAGCAUCGAGGAGGCUUUUGAUAAGUAUUGUCAGGGUUUGUCUGUGUACGGUCCUUAUCUUGAUCAUGUUUUGGGUUACUGGAAGGCUCACGAAGCGAAUCCUGAACAGAUUUUGUUUUUGAAGUAUGAGACGAUGAGAAGGGACCCGUUGCCGUAUGUGAAGAGGUUAGCUGAGUUUAUGGGGUAUGGGUUUAGUGAGGAGGAGGAGGAAGGAGGGGUUGUGGAGAGAGUUGUGAAGCUUUGUAGCUUUGAGACUUUGAAGAAUCUUGAAGCUAAUAAAGGGGAGAAAGAUAGGGAGGAUCGUCCUGCUGUUUAUGCGAAUAGUGCUUAUUUUAGGAAAGGGAAAGUUGGGGAUUGGGAGAAUUAUUUGACGGCGGAGAUGGUUGCUAGGAUUGAUGGUUUGAUGGAGGAGAAGUUUAGAGGAACUGGGUUUCUUGCUUCGACACCAUGAAUAUGAUCUUCUUUGUUUAUUGUGUGUGAUUGUCUGCUUCUUUCUUAUCCUUUGUAUUGGGGUUUAUAGCAUUUGUUGAGUGUCAUUUAUCAUUAUAUGUAUCAGUUUUUCCUUAAUCUAAUGCAAAUUUUCUUUUAGAGAUGC